CAGGACAAGAGCUAGACGAGAUGCUUGUCGACGGCGUCAAGGUCGCGUGCGAGUCAUGCAUCAAGGGACACCGCUCGACGACUUGCACGCACAAAGACAGGAACCUCGUCGAAGUCAAGCGCAAAGGCAGACCGCCCAGUCAAUGCCCGCAGUGUAGGACGCUGCGGGUACUCAAGGGCAGCCAUUCCAAGUGCAAUUGCCGAGAGCGGUCGAGUAGCGUGCGAGCAUCCGAGUAUAGCGCUGCUGACAAUGCGAGCAUCAAAGGCGAAUCAAGCGAUAUCAGCUUGGUCACUUCGACUGCUAGUACUGGUGGGUGUACGGCAGAAGGCCUGAGCGAUCUCUGCGGCUGCUUGACAGGUCGCGGUCCCUGUACAUGCGGCUGUGGUUGCUCGUCAGAUCCAGUGGCCAUAUUCAAGCGACUCAAGCCGGAACAGCAGUGGACAGCGCUCGUGUCCAUCGGUGUCAGACCGAGUCGGAUCCCAUCACUACCGAGAGCUGCCAAAUCGACAGACAAGAGCAAAGAUGUCAGCGCGUCGAGCAAUUGUUGCAGCUCAAAACAGACGGCAGAGCAGACUCUAGAACCAUUUCCUCACGAGAACGUAUGGCCAGAUCUCUCUGCAAUGGCCACCCUGCCAUCAAUCUUGCCAAAUGCGCAAAGUCGAUCCGAUAGAGCAUCUGCGCAAUGGCCAAAUGAUUUCCUGCCAUCAGCGUUAGAUACUUCUUUUGCAGGAGGCGCCUCGGACAUGCCUUUCAGAUGGAUCUUCGAUCCGCUCGCGUCACCGCAGACUGAGCCAGCCGCCGACGCUGGGCGAGAAGAAGCGUUGGCCAAUCCGGGCUGCCUCGGCUGUGGCACAGAUUGUCAAUGCGGCGCAGAUUGCCAGUGCGAUCACCCUGUGCCUGGCUUACAUGCUGCAAUGAGCUCACUACCUCAAUGGCAUCAUCUCACACCUACGAUGUCGAUGGCUCAGCUGUCGCCAUUGGCAGAUUGGCCACCGUCAGCCAAAAGCCCAUCAGACUCUGCGCAGGCGCAAGCUUGA